GAGUCAGGACAGUCACACAUUCUCCGGGCUGUGGGGCUGGGCGCAGCCAGCGUCGCCCCCCCCUGCACCCCCCUGCCCUCCGCGCGCACCCUGGGACGCGCAGGCUCUCCAGCGCUGCGCUUGGGGGGGGCUCCUCGGCACCCCAGCCUUGAGUCCCCAGCUUGCUGCACCUCCGGGGGUCCCCCCCCUCCUAGCCGCCAGAGACACCAGGAGUUGUCGCAAGGGGGCCUCGGGAAAUUCCCUGGACCCCUGUGCCAGGAGGUGCCCGGCUCGCCCGCUCCCCACCCACACCCCCCCGAGGGCGGUGCCCGGGGGCGCUGCCCCAUGGUGCGGGGAGGCGGGCGCCGUCUGCUCCUGGAGCCGUGACCUGAGUCGGAGCUGUGUGUCGCAGCCGCCCCGACCCCUGCUGAUCAUGCGUCGUCGUCCCUGGCUUGCCAGUCCCGCCGGGCUGUGAGCCCCUCAUUCCCAGCCGGGCACGGCCCGCGCGCCAUGGGCAGCGCCCACCCCCGCCCCUGGCUGCGGCUCCGACCCCGGCCCCAGCCGCGGCCUGAGCUCUGGGCGCUCCUGUUCUUCCUACUGCUGCUGGCUGCCGCCGUGCCCAGGUCAGCACCCAACGACAUCCUGGGCCUCCGCCUUCCCCCAGAGCCUGUGCUCAACGCCAACACAGUGUGCCUGACAUUGCCCGGCCUGAGCCGGCGGCAGAUGGAGGUGUGUGUGCGUCACCCUGACGUGGCGGCCUCAGCCAUCCAGGGCAUCCAGAUUGCCAUCCAUGAAUGCCAACACCAGUUCCGGGACCAGCGCUGGAACUGUUCUAGCCUGGAGACUCGCAACAAGAUUCCCUACGAGAGUCCCAUCUUCAGCAGAGGUUUCCGAGAGAGCGCUUUCGCCUACGCCAUCGCCGCAGCUGGAGUGGUGCACGCGGUGUCCAACGCCUGCGCCCUGGGCAAACUUCGAGCCUGCGGUUGCGAUGCGUCGCGACGCGGGGACGAGGAGGCCUUCCGUCGCAAGCUGCACCGCCUGCAGCUGGACGCGCUGCAGCGCGGUAAAGGCCUGAGCCAUGGGGUCCCAGAACACCCUGCCCUGCCUCCUGCCAGCCCAGGCCUGCAGGACUCUUGGGAGUGGGGCGGCUGCAGUCCCGACGUAGGCUUCGGGGAGCGCUUCUCUAAGGACUUUCUAGACUCCCGGGAGCCUCAUAGAGACAUCCACGCCCGCAUGAGGCUCCACAACAACCGAGUUGGGAGGCAGGCGGUGAUGGAGAACAUGCGGCGAAAGUGCAAGUGCCACGGCACGUCGGGCAGCUGCCAGCUGAAGACGUGCUGGCAGGUGACGCCCGAGUUCCGCGCCGUGGGGGCGCUGUUGCGCAGCCGCUUCCACCGCGCCACGCUCAUCCGGCCGCACAACCGCAACGGUGGCCAGCUGGAACCCGGCCCCGCGGGGGCACCCUCGCCGCCGCCGGGCAUUCCGGGGCCGCGACGUCGGGCCAGCCCCGCUGACCUGGUCUACUUCGAGAAGUCGCCCGACUUCUGCGAGCGCGAGCCGCGCCUGGACUCGGCGGGCACCGUGGGCCGCCUGUGCAACAAGAGCAGCGCGGGCCCGGACGGCUGCGGCAGCAUGUGCUGCGGCCGCGGCCACAACAUCCUGCGCCAGACGCGCAGCGAGCGCUGCCACUGCCGCUUCCACUGGUGCUGCUUCGUGGUCUGCGAGGAGUGCCGCAUCACCGAGUGGGUCAGUGUCUGCAAGUGAGCCUGAUCCCGAGAGAGGGGCCCCUUCUACAGCCUGGGCCCCUGCCGCCUGAGAUCUGGGCGCCAGCACGGCAUCUCCCUUGGCUCCUGGAGAGGAGGUGGCACCUCCCAGCUCUGAAAAAUCUACAAUCACCUGACAGUCCACGCCUAUCUAAACCCCACUGCCCACUUCCACGGGCUCUAAGAUUGAUUGGUCUCCCCUCUUCC